CAGCUCAAUCACAUCAAUCAACCCAAUCACAUCAAUCACAUCAAAACAAUAGGAGCAACAACUAAUACCACCACCACUACAAUCACCGCUUCUAUAAAGCAGCAGCUUCCUGGCAGCCUUGACACAACUUGCCAUCAGCAACCCAAGCAAUCAAUCACAAUUGAUUCUCAACUCAACUCCGGCAACUCUUCAGACAACACCAACAUGUCUCUCCUUGGACACAACGGCGGCCUCUCCAUCGGCAAGGCUCAACGUCCCGGACCCUCUCUGGGCAAAAAGGCCGAGAAACCCACUUCUUCCUCCUCCUCUUCUCCCUCCGGCUCUCGCUCUCAAAGCCUUGAGCGUCGCGGCCUCGGCCAGAUGCUCAACGGCAUUCUCCACGGACAGCGCCGCGAUGAGGCGUACCUUCGAGCAGACGACAGCAGCGAAACUGCUUCGCUGUCGUCUGUCGCCACUGAGAAGCGAGCUCUACUAGGAGCAAAGGCCAAGGCUUCAUCGCCAUCAAAAAGCUCCUCCUCAGCCCGCAAAGAACCAAGAAUGCCCAAUAUCAACGAGAGCAUGGUGCCUCGCGGUGGUCUCCGAUGACUAUAAGAUAUACAUUACGCGGACACAUACAAUUACUCGAUUGCUUUUGGAUUUUUUUGUUUUCUUUCCUUUAUUAUUUGAUCUUGGGAAAAUUGGGGUCAAGGUAUACAAAGAGCGUUGAAAGAGCAUAGCAUGAUGAACAAUAAUGGGACUGGGCGAAUGUUAGUGAUGAGUUACGGGCGUACUAAACAGUUUUCUUAAUUGAAUUAUAUUUCUCUACUGACUCUAAUGAGUAACUUU